CUGAAUUACCCCCCCACCUUCCCUUUCAGCUUCCAGCGCGGGGGAGUGCUCUGCAGACCUGCUGAGUGGGAACCGAUAUGGCUGCGACUCUGGGCAGUGGGGAGCGCUGGACUGAAGCUUACAUUGAUGCAGUCAGAAGAAACAAAUACCCAGAGGACAGGCCUCCUGAAAGUCAUAAUUUUUGUGGCUGCUGUAACUGCAUGAAGACACAAAAGGAAAAGAAGUCUGAAAAUGAGUGGGGUCAGGCUCGGCAGAGUGAAGGGAAUACCAUUUAUACUGAGGAGCAGCUGCUCGGGGUACAAAGGAUCAAGAAAUGCAGAAAUUACUAUGAAAUUCUGGGAGUUUCACGAAAUGCCAGUGAUGAGGAGCUAAAGAAAGCAUACCGAAAACUGGCCCUGAAAUUUCACCCCGACAAGAACUGUGCUCCUGGAGCAACAGAUGCUUUCAAAGCAAUAGGAAAUGCCUUUGCUGUCCUGAGCAAUCCUGACAAGAGACUCCGCUAUGACGAAUAUGGAGAUGAACAGGUGACUUUCACUGCACCUCAAGCAAGACCUUAUAAUUAUUAUAGGGACUUCGAAGCCGACAUCACUCCGGAAGAGCUAUUCAACAUCUUCUUUGGAGGACAUUUUCCUACAGGAAAUAUUCAUAUGUUUUCAAACGUGACAGAUGACACCCACUAUUACCAUCGGCGGCACCGACACGAGAGGACACAAACACAAAAAGAAGAGGAAGAAGAUAAACCACAGACUACAUAUUCUGCCUUCAUUCAGCUACUUCCAGUUCUGGUGAUAGUAAUUAUAUCUGUCAUUACUCAGCUGCUGGCUGCUAAUCCCCCAUAUAGCCUGUUCUAUAAAUCAACCUUAGGAUACACCAUUUCUAGAGAAACUCAGAACCUGCAGGUGCCUUACUUUGUGGAUAAAAACUUUGACAAGGCCUACAGAGGAGCAUCCCUGCGUGAACUGGAGAAGACGAUAGAGAAGGAUUAUAUUGAUUAUAUCCAGACAAGUUGUUGGAAAGAGAAACAACAAAAGUCAGAAUUGACAAAUUUGGCAGGAUUGUACAGAGAUGAACGACUGAAACAGAAAGCAGAGUCGCUGAAACUUGAAAACUGUGAAAAACUUUCCAAACUGAUUGGCCUACGCAGAGGUGCCUGAGAGGACAAUAGUUCUACUCAGGAGGGAAAUUGGAAGAGGAGGAGGAGAUAGAGAAAGAUAGAUACCUACAGACCUGUUUCACCACUUGUGAGGUGUCCCCACUGCAGGUGAAGAAGUGGAGGCUUGAACCUGGAUCCUUGUGUGGUCCUUGUGUUUAGUACCAUGUGCAUUCAACUAGGUGCACCACCACCUGGCCCUUCAUCAUGACUUUUCUGACAACCCAAUAUUUUCUUACUUUAGCCUACUUCUAGCUCUAAAGAUGUGUUUUGCCCAUUGCUAUGAGUGAGAACUUUGGUCCAGAGAGGGAGAAUGGUUGACCUGGGUCAUAUGACUGGCUAGGCUGACUAUCAAGUGCAAAGUGUGAGAUCAUCCCCAUUUCUCAGGUGAUUUCUAACCAGGAUAGUAAAGCAAAAUCUUUCCUGAGGAUGCCCCUCCCCCCCUCCCCCCACUCUUAUCACCCCAUAGUCAUCCUAUGGCAGUUCUGCAUCCACUCGGGACACCUUCCCCCUCCCCUACCCUCUCUCCCUUAUUUUAGGUAGCAAGACCCUCUCUACAUCAAUUUUGUAAAUGAAACAAGAUCUUUCCAAGUCCUUCCCACUGGUAACAAGGAAGAGGUAAGUGGUUGCCAAGGCUUCCUGCAGAGGCAAGCUGCCAGGAUUGAACUGCUCAUCUUAUUAGGAAUCUGCACCUGAAAGGAUCAGUCAGUGACUAGAACCUACCUUCCAUGUUUUCUUCAGGAUGGGAGGACAGUUCCUGUUGGAAAGAGAGUCUACAUUAAAAUUGACUUCCAAAUUAGAAUUUCUCCUUUCAUGUGCAUAAACAUGAUGCAGGCAGACGUGUUCAGCAGGUUCAGCAUGUGGGCAUUUUGCAUGGUCAGGAGAUGGGUUCAGAGGUAAGGAGUGCGACCUUGGGAACUAGUUGGGGACAGUUGCUUAGCUGUGGGGAGAGGGAGCCUAGUAUCAGUUUUUAUUAACACUGGUGGUAUUAUUUUAUUUAUUACCUAGCAGACCACACCACUCACAUCUGAUUUUCCUCAAGGGAAUUGUAUUUGUUUUCGGUUAAAAGUUAGUUUGAUCUAUUUGGUACUGUCCAGAGUGUUGUUAUAACUUCCCAGGUUAUGUUUUAGAUGGGAUGUCUGCAUAGUGGUAGAAUAAGUAUUUUCCUCUUGCCCACAUCCUUUGGAAGGUUCCUGAUCACAUGUGAAUGCUUUAGGUAAAGCUUAUUCUUGCUGUCAGAAUUUAGCGUGCAGCACUGGGCUGUCUCUGUAAACAUCAGCACAGAUUGGAGACAUGAUAAGAAUGGGGCUAAGGGCCUGGGGAGAUAGCAUAAUGAUUAUGCAAGAAGCCUUUCAUGCUUGAGGCACCAGAGGUCCCAGGUUCAGUCCCCAGCACCACCAUAAGCCACAGCUGAGCAGUGCUCUGGUUAAAAAGAAGAAGAAGGAGAAGGAGAAGGAGAAUGGGGUUAAGAAGUGAGGGCUGUGCAGUCCAGGAGACAGCACAGUCGCUAGUGUUUUGAACAUAAAAGCAUGAGGUACCAAGUUUUAUCCAGCAUUGCAUGUGCCAGAGUAGUCCUCUGGGAUUCUCUCCUUCUCUCUCUCCCUUUCUCCUUCCCCCAUCCCACCCCCCUCCCAAUAAAUGAAUGAAGGGGGGGAGGGGGCUUGAGAUUCAAGCAGAAGAAGCUUUUUUUUAUUAGAAUGAAAAUGCUUUCAGCAUUACCAGUAAGGAGGGAAGGCUGAAAAGCCUCACCACAAAGGAUGCUGCAGUGUGAAGGAAUCUGUGUCCCCAGACUAGCAGCAACCCUGAGUUCCAUCUGCUCAAACCAGAAAAUUAUACUUCCUUGAUCAGCUCCAGGCCUCACACCUUGGGAAAAGUGGGCAGUAAAAAAAUACCACUACUCUCCUUUCUGUUGGAAACAAUUGAAAAUUGCACUGAACUCCUAACCCUACUGAAGCAGGAAGUCCCACAGCCUGGCUAAACUCUGAGUUGUUCUCAUUUUCAUCCUCACACUUGGAAUUGACUCUGUGAGGAGGCACUACUGGGAUUUCAGAAGCUUUCUGUUAUAGCUAGCCACACAUGCAAGUUCAUUGUGUCUGCAUGCACUUUUCCUCACAGGAGCUAGUGCUUUUACUUUGCUAGAGCAUUUACUUUGAAUUCAUUUAAGGGUAAGCUUAGUGUCCUAAGAUACUUUUUUUUUGAAAAGGGCCUUGUUACUUACAUCUUAUUUUCUGAGCCUGCAUUGUUGACAGCUUGUGCAGUGACCACCAAACAACUAUGUCCCCAUGUGUUGGAUAUUGAUUACAUCAUACUCAGUAUUUGGCAUUAAAGAAGUGAGUUUUCUGUGCCCAGACCCAGGCUUAGCACAGAAUUAGCUCCUGUAGGGAGUCAGAAUAUUAAAAACCUGGUCACCUGAACCACUGCACCUGGACUGAGUAUAGUUAACAGAGGAAGAAAGUAAAGAAUUUAUAUUUUAAAACAA